GAAGGACACACUGAAAGUUAAAGCGCUGCACGCACGACUCUGACAGGGAACUGUCCGUGGUGCCUGCAUGUCCCCUCUAUUUUGAGGGGACAAAGGACUCGAUCAAUGACAAACUCCCAAAAAACGACCUUAUCAUUGUAAUAACGAUGCUUGAACGUGAUUUGAAAAUUGUGGGGAGGAAAUCGCGUUCAAUUAUUAGGCACCUGGAUUAUUCUGAUCGCUGCUUGAACGACAGCUCAUCGAUCGCAUGAAUGGGAGAGCUAUUGGAUGAACGUUGAGAUGGGGGAAGCAGCGGCUUGAUCGAUGCAUCGUGUCUCUUUCACCUUGGGAUUGAUCAACUAAUUUCCCUUGAGAAGACUAAUGGUUUAAAGAAGAGACCGAUGAUCGAGGAGAUAAAAAAAGAAAAUCAAGAAAUAUAAUCAUGCCAACAAAUUAACUAGUCAAAGCUGUCUAAACAUUGAAGACCUGCAAACAAGAAAUCCGCGUUUACCUUUCUAAGAGAAAGCAAUAAAAGAAAAGCCAGCCAUGGCUCGCUGGCUUGUUUUAGUUAACUCCCUGGUCCUGUUGCUCUUCGGCAGCGACGUGUUUUUGGUCGGAGCAAACCGCCCCCCUGCUCCCGUCAACGUGUCCGUCACCCACCUGAGAGCCGACUCAGCAACCGUAAGCUGGGAGGUCCCGGAAGGAGAUGUGAUCAUCGGCUUCUCGAUUUCCCAACAAAGGCAGGAGGGCCACACGCAGCGCUUUAUCCGCGAGGUGAACACCACCAGCCGGGCCUGCGUGCUCUGGGACCUGGACGAGGAGACGGAGUACAUCAUCCAGGUCCAGUCUAUAGGCCUGUACGGGGAGAGCCAGGCCAGCAAGAAGGUCCACUUCCGCACCCUCAAGAAGUCGGACCUCUUCCCGUCCAACAGCUCCAACCAGGAUGAUCCAACGGUGCAGGGACUGGACAGGCCCAGACAUCUCCAGACUGGAGAGAUGAUCAUCAUAGUGGUGGUUCUACUCAUGUGGGCAGCGGUCAUCGCGCUGUUCUGCCGGCAGUAUGACAUCAUCAAGGACAACGACUCAAGCAACAGCAAGGAGAAGGCAAAGCCGUCCUCCGAGCACAGCACCCCAGAGCACCACAGUGGCGGCCUGCUGAGGAGCAAGGUGGGGGCCUACUGACGCUGGGGUACCUACCGAGGCCAGGCUAAUGAUGCUAAGCUACUGAUUUUCAUCCAUCCGUGCCAUCGAUCAACAUCAUCGACGUUUGAGCAGCGAUGAAAAAACUCCACAGUAACAACGCUUUCACCUUCAUCGACAGCACAUUCUCACGAUUGCCAGGGACGAGAAGGAAAUACAAAAACUGGAUUUGGCUUAGAUGAUGUUUUGAAGCCAUUGAGGCUUAAAAAUAGAUGGAGAUGUCAGAUAUACGGUGUCGUGCCAAGUUUGAAAGACACGCGAUGCAUGCCCAUAAGUUGUACAUGAAUGACAGCAGAUGCUAAAAUCCCUUAACCUUAACCCUCUGUGUUCCCCUACCAUCAACACACACAUACACCACACACACAUAUUCUGGUAGCUCUACUACAAUGUUCCUAGAAGUGUGAUAAGACAUGUUCUGUACCAGAUUUUUGGUAUGUCAAUGCAACAUAAAAAUGCCCAUUAAUCAUCUCUGGGGAAGCCAGUCUAUAUAUUUUGUAAUAGAUAUUGUAUUUUAAAUAUAGAUACAUACAAUAUAUCUAUAAGGCAUUGUUCCGAAUAAUUGUUACAAACUAUUUCUGUAACAGUAUGUGAGUGACUAUUGGCUAAUCUCUGAAAUAAUUAGGAAUUCUAGUACUAUGUCAAUGUUUUGUUAUAUUUCUCAAAUGCAAUACAAUACAAAACAAAGAUCCUGUCUGUACAGACUAUAAUAACUGAAUUUUCUCUCAUUUAUCAAUAAGCAGUUGCAUGCUGCAACUUGUUUUGCAGAUACCAUGAGUUAAAUUGCAAUUUGAUUAGUAUUGAUGAGGAAUAUACAUUUUUUAAUGUUAUGAAUUUAUUGAUUGGAUGAUGAUUUUCCAACGACUGAAGUAUCAAGAUUGCAUUGAAUUUUAAAUUGGUGACAGUGGUUUUAGGCAACAAGAACACUCUCACUCAUUUAGGAACUUCAUUUUCAGUGUGUGUCAGGCGCAGCAGCAGUAGAAGUGGAACCCAUGAUGGAGUAGCUGCUCUUUCAUUGCAUGGUGCUGAAUAGUUAUCCGAAGAAUCAUUUAAAAGAAUCUCAAUAAUUUCUUUCUUGACUGUGAACCAUUUCGCAAAUAUGAACAUGGUGGUACUAAAAUAAAUUGGGUUUAAAGAAACAUACAACUUUGUAUGCAUAUAUUGGUAUGCUUAAGAUGUGAUACGUUUAUGAGAUGAAUGGCUGCUAUAGUGUGUAUAUAGUGCAUCUUUUAUAUUUUUUUGUAAUCAAAAGUGAUGUGGGCGAUGACGGGAUGAGUUGUGAAAAGCUAUCAUUGCGUACCUAUUUGUUCACGAAAAUAAACUUCAUGCUUCAAAAAUGAAAA